AUGGAAGAAAAGGUGGCUACGCUGCAAACAUACAUGGAGUCUAUUCAAGUUACCCUUCACGAAUUGAGUGAAUGUAUUCAUUCUCAUACACCUAAGAAGGAGACAAAGAAAAAGGUUACACCUUCACCUGCAGCUUCGGAAAAAGAUGAUUCGGAAGAAGAAGAGUCGGAAGAAGAAGAAGAGGAAGAAGAUGAGGAUGAAAAGGAGGAAAGUGAGCUUCCUAAAGGACCUACAACAACUAAACCUUAUGACGAGAAGCCGAGUAGAGUUAGUUUGGAAUACAAUACCAAACAACAAGAAGAAGACCUAAGAAGGUUAAGUAUUUUUGAACCACCAUUACUAGAUGAUGAUGGAGAUAACAAGAUGAUCUUGCCUCAUGUGGAAGACUUGUGGUUUGAUAGAGAAGAAUCACUCGAAGAAGAUUGUAAUAUGGAGCGAAGAGCGACAAAGACACGCAAGGAAGAUAAUGAGACUUUCCUAAGUAGAUGUCAAGGUCAAGUUCCAGGAAAGGAGAGAUGGUUCAGCAGGGUAAAAGGAACUCACGAGUUCCCUAACCUACAAAUAUAA